CGGCACGCCGAGUCCUCUGACGGCCCCAGCCAGGGAAUUUCAAUUUGAAACCUAGCGGAGGGAGGAGGCUGGCGCGCUGGCCCGCGGCUGGCUGGGACUGACGCGGGACGGGUCCCCCAGGCCGGUGAGCUCCUGAGGUGCGGCGUUGGGUAUAAGCCGUGACCAUGACUACUGAAGUUGGCUCUGCAUCUGAAGUGAAGAAGGACUCUGACCAGUUGGGAGCAGAUGUGACCAAGGAGAAAGCUAAACAAGUAGCAGAAAAUCGGCAGCAUCAGUCAUCUGAACCAGAGGAGGAAAAAGGUUCCCAGCCACCACCACCUGCUGAAAGCCAAAGCAGUCCACGCCGCCAGAAGAGAGAGAAGGAUACAUCUGAGAGUAGGGGUAUUUCCCGAUUUAUACCCCCAUGGCUCAAGAAACAGAAGUCUUAUAAUUUGGUAGUGGCCAAAGAUGGAGGAGAUAAAAAAGAGCCAACUGAAGCUGUUGUGGAAGAACAGAUUUUAGAUAAAGAGGUUUCCCUUCCAGAAGAAGAGAGACAGGCCAAAGGGGAUGCUGAAGAAACUGCUCAGAGUAAACACCAGGAGGUUAAGGUGGAAGUCAAGGAAGGAAAACCUUCAGUGAGCAAAGCUGAGACUCAGCCUGCUGAAGAAGUCAGGGAGGAGAGAGAAGAGGUGAAGGAAAUACAGGAAGAUGAAGUGGCAGCACCAAGGGAGACCAAGGAAGUGCAAACUAAUGAACUGAAAGCAGAGAAGACUUCUCAGAAAGCCACCAAGAAGACCAAAACUGUCCAGUGUAAAGUGACCCUCCUAGAUGGCACUGAAUACAGCUGUGACCUGGAGAAACGUGCUAAGGGACAGGUGUUAAUUGACAAGGUAUGCGAACAUCUCAAUCUUUUGGAGAAGGAUUACUUUGGACUUUUGUUUCAGGAAAACACUGAGCAGAAAAACUGGCUAGAUCCUGCAAAAGAAAUAAAGAGACAGCUGCGAAAUCUUCCUUGGCUGUUUACUUUUAAUGUGAAAUUUUAUCCUCCUGAUCCUUCUCAGUUGACUGAAGAUAUCACCAGAUACUUUUUGUGCCUUCAGCUUCGAAAAGACAUUGCCUCUGGCCGCCUGCCCUGCUCAUUUGUGACUCAUGCCCUCCUGGGCUCCUACACAUUGCAGGCUGAGCUUGGAGACUAUGACCCAAAAGAGCACAGCAGUAUUGACCUCAGUGACUUCCAGUUUGCCCCUACACAGACUAAGGAACUGGAAGAGAAGGUGGCAGAGCUGCAUAAAACCCACAGGGGGUUAUCUCCAGCACAAGCUGAUUCUCAGUUCUUAGAAAAUGCAAAGAGGCUUUCCAUGUACGGUGUUGAUCUACAUCAUGCCAAGGACUCAGAAGGCGUGGACAUCAAGCUAGGUGUGUGUGCUAAUGGGCUCCUCAUUUAUAAAGAUAGACUGAGAAUCAAUCGUUUUGCUUGGCCGAAGAUCCUAAAAAUUUCUUAUAAGCGCAGUAACUUCUACAUUAAAGUUAGGCCAGCAGAGCUGGAGCAGUUUGAGAGCACCAUUGGGUUCAAACUGCCAAACCAUCGGGCAGCAAAGAGGCUAUGGAAAGUGUGUGUGGAGCAUCAUACUUUCUACAGGCUUGUGUCUCCAGAGCAGCCACCAAAGGCCAAGUUCCUGACCUUGGGGUCCAAAUUCCGCUACAGUGGCCGUACACAAGCGCAGACCCGCCAGGCAAGCAUCCUCAUAGACAGGCCAGCGCCACACUUUGAGCGCACCUCUAGUAAACGGGUCUCUGGGAGUCUAGAUGGAGCUCCAAUUGGUGUUGUGGACCAAAGUCUUAUAAAGGAUUUUCCUGGACCUGCUGGGGGGAUUUCAGCGUAUGGCCCAGGAGUUGUCAGCACUGCCAUGGUACAAGAUAGGGACAGCCGGAGGGAUGUCAGAAGCCCAUCUAAAGCCCCACAUUUGCAACUCAUUGAAGGAAAGACUGCUUGCAUGUGUCCACCUUCACCACUCAUCCGUUGUGUUUCAUCUUUUUCUCCAAGCCUGUUGCCAGUCCCUGAAGUGGACUUGCUUUCAGACAUUUCAGAGGAAGACCCUUUUGGGGAGGCUGACCAGGUCACACUAGACAGUUUAGAGCUCCUUUCCACAGGUGAAACAUCAGAGCAGGGGGACCCUGAGGUUACCACACUGGAUUCUGUCUUGGAUCCUGUUGUAGUCCCUGCUCAGUCUGAUUAUCCUCCAUUGCACGAGAAGACUCUUAAAGCAGGUGACCGAGAGAAUUCUGAGUUUGGUUACUUCUCCUUCAGCUUCUCCAAAUGUUUUCCCUCUGGUUUCCCCUCUCUUCUUGAUGAAGAUGGAUAUCUUGCUUUCCCCAGCCUCCCUAAGCUCUGGGUUUCCUUCCUCCCUCCUGAUGUUCAGCACUAUGUUCCUAUCACUUCUCCUUCAUUCAUUCCUUCCCUUAUCCUCAUCUUUGGGCUGUUGCUCUCUGCUUCUCAGUCUGUUCCUUUUUCUCUCACCUUUUCGCUUCCUCUGGCUCUAGCCCUCUGCUAUCUGGAGACCAAAGCUACCUCCUUGAAUGCUUCUUAUGACCUUGAUUUGAAUGAUAAAAUAGAGGAAGAGGAAGCAGUUGCUGGAACUUCGCCAUAAGCUUCAUUUUGUGAAGUCAACAAACCACACUUCAUCUUACACACCUCCUAAUAUAGAGUGUAAACAUGUGCAUAAAUUUCAGAUUACCCUCAAAAUAAUAUCAGCUGCACAUUUUCAUACAUACAGUGUUUUAGUGCAUGAGAGAUAAGUGUAGGCACUUCUGCGUUGAUAUUCUUUGGCCAGGUCCCACAAAUUUUAAGUUGAGGGCAAAGUGAUAGGAUUAUUUUGUAAACAUCUAGAUCAUACUAGAUUUUUUAAAAAAAAGUAGUGGGAGAGAGCGAAAAUUGUAUUGUCCUUAAUCUCCAUAGGUGUGUUUGUUUUGCAUACAAAUGUUAAUGCUGUUCCUUUAAGAUGGGAACUUUUCAUUUUAAAAUAGAACUUAGAAUGCAGUGGACAUAGCUGUAAUUGACAUUUACUAAUAGAACUCCUUAGGAUUAUUGUUUCUGUUGUUUAAAAUCCAAGCUUGUUCUUGCAUUUGUGAGGCUAUAUCAGUAACCUUUACCCAUGACAUUUGUUACGUCUCAUCUCAGAAACUCCUUGUCUCCUUUUAUUAUAGCAUUUGGGGACUAGCCAGAUGAAUUUUAGCUAGGAUUUUUUUUUUCUCCCAACCCUAAAUCAUGUAUUUAUAUUAAGAGUCAGUGGUCAUGUAUUUUAUAAGGAAGAUAUUAUUCUGUUACUUUUAACAAAUGUGUGUGAAAAAUGAAAUAUGGCUUUUUGAGAGUUUAGACAUGUAGCACUGAGAUUAGGCCCCUUGUUGAAAAUUAGGUGUCUGGUGUGAGGAUUUUUACCCCUAUAUAAGGCAACUUUUUUUUCAAGCAUACUACCUCUGCACUAAUUAGUCAGUCGGUGUUAACAUGUACAGUAUUUUUUUUUUUUUAACUUACUUUGCUAAAUGUGGUCUGGUGAAUUAGUAUCUCAGAGUAUCCUGUGUAUACUGUUAACACAUGGAGUAAAACCUGAAGAGAAAUGUGAAGAAAUGUAGUGAGUAUGCAUGGUAGGAGAAACUACAAUUUUGAAUUUACAUGGGAAACACCAAAGAUAGCAUUGUAGAGAAUUAAGUGCUAACCAAGGAACUGGAAAAUAGUUCUUAACAGAUUGUUGAAUGGCUGUGUCUCAUUUUUCACUUCUGAUAAAAAAGACUCUGAGCUCCCUGCUUACCUCUCAAAAAUACUGUGAGUAGUUACCAAAAACAAAGGUAAGCAUUUUGACACCAUCAUCCCAGCAAAGAAGGAAAAGAAUAUAUGGUAUGAAUUAACCUGUAAAGAUUAUUUCCUUUAGUAUCAGAUUAAUAUUUUUCUUUUUUGCCAUUCUUUUCCUGGGGUCAGAAUUCACUCAGAUUUAUGUUAAUCUUCCAGAUUUAUUUUGGGGGUGUGUGGGGGGGGGAUCAUUAGAUGUUGAGAAAUGUCCAGCAAUGAAAAAGGGCUUUUUUGGAUCCGGGAGGAUUGAAUGCAGGGAUGCUUAACCACUAAACCACAUCCCCGACCCUUUUAUUUUUAUUCUUAUUUUAUUAUUUUUUGGUACCAGGGAUUGAUCCCAGGGGCAGUUAACCACUGAGACACAUCCUCAGCCCUUUUUUGUAUUUUAUUUUGAGACAGGGUCUCGCUGAGUUGCUUAGGGCCUUGCCAAAUUGCUGAGGCUGGCUUUGAAUUUGGGAUCCUCCUGCCUCGGCCUCUCAAGUUGCUGGGGUUACAGGCAUGAGCUACCGUCUCCAGCUAAAAAAGUAUUCUUGAUUAAAGAAUUUUAUUUAAGAAGAGUGACUAUAUUUCAAAGUAUAUUUUAAAUACCAUCCUAAUAUGAGAGUAGCUAAAUAAAUCAUUUGCCCCCAAGGAAAGAAAUCCAUAUCUAAAAAAAAUAGUGACAGUAUAAGGUAUGAUGAUGUAAAAUAUAUAACCAAUAUAAGGCAAAAGACAAGAUUUAUGUCAUUAUACUGGUUUCCUCUCUAGUUGAUUCAGACAUGUCAGAGCACAGCAGAUUGAAUUAUGCCAUAUUUGCACUCUGAUAUUUUCAUUCCUGAGUUAAAAAAAAAAUUCAAAAGCAGAGUAUAAUCUAGGGACGGAGAAAGAGUGAAGCUUCCAUUCUCCAUUCCACUUUGCAAAGGAUCAUUUCCAUCAUUUGUACAGCACUGUAGGUGACGAAAGACCAGAGUGGCUUAAUAUUCUGCAUCUUGAGGGCCAUACAGAGAAGGUUGGUAAUGCUGCUUUGCCAUUUACGUUUGAACAUAGCUUCUCUGCACUGAUGGCAGAGUUCCCACUAAUGCUCCCCUUCUUUCUGGCUGCUUGCUAUGUGCCUUUCCAGGCGAAGAUGGAAGAAGAAGAAACACAUCUGGAGGAG